ACCAUGGCCGAGAGGCCGCAGCCCCCUGGCGGCGCGGUGUGCCCGGCCGCCUACCCCGACGCCCCCGCGGACUUCCCCCCGCACCUGCAGGCCGGCGCGAUGCGGCGCCGCUUCUGGGGUGUAUUCAACUGCCUGUGCGCCGGCGCGUUCGGGGCUCUGGCCGCCGCCUCCGCCAAGCUGGCCUUCGGCAGCGAGGUGAACAUGGGAUUCUGCAUCUUGGGAGUCAUUGUGAUGGCGACCACCAAUUCUCUGAUGUGGACAUUCUUUAGCCGGGGCCUCAGUUUCUCCAUGUCUUCAGCCAUUGCAUCAGUCACAGUGACGUUUUCAAACAUCCUCAGCUCGGCCUUCCUGGGCUUUGUGUUGUAUGGAGAGUGCCAGGAGGUUUUGUGGUGGGGAGGCGUGUUCCUCAUCCUCUGCGGCCUCAGCCUGAUCCACAGGGAGCUGCCGCCCAGCGGGAAGGCCCCCGAAUACAAGCAGAAGUAGCAGAAGGUGGAGAGACAGCACGGCGGCCCAGGCGCGGGAUGGCGUGUGGAGACCACCUCCCAGGGCCUUCUGACCAUCAGCCAGAGGGAGAUGCUGCCGAGGGAGACGGGCCUCUGACCCAGCAGCCUUGAGGCUGGCCAGCCGCCCCUUCUGGAAGGGGGAGGGACAGGCGCACUUGUGUUCAGCCUGAAGCCUUCUCAAGACGCCUGCGUGGUGCUUCUCACGCCCCUGGGCCCACCCGGUGCCCCUUGGCAGACGCUGGAGACCCAAGGGUCAGUCUGCUGGGCGUACGGCCUUGAGGCC